ACUAAAUGUUUUUGCCUCGUUCAUCCCGUCGCGCAGGUAUGAUUCAGGUGGGGAAGUGGAACCCCGUCCCCCUGUCAUACGUGACAGACGCACCGGACGCUACGGUGGCUGACAUGCUACAGGACGUCUACCACGUGGUCACGCUCAAGAUCCAGCUGCACAGUUGUCCUAAGCUGGAGGACCUGCCGCCCGAGCAAUGGAGCCACUCUACAGUAAGAAACGCCCUCAAGGAGUUACUCAAAGACAUGAAUCAGAGCUCUCUGGCUAAAGAAUGUCCCUUAUCACAGAGUAUGAUUUCCUCCAUUGUGAACAGCACUUACUAUGCAAAUGUGUCGGCGGCAAAGUGUCAGGAAUUUGGGCGCUGGUAUAAACAUUUCAAGAAGACAAAAGAUAUGAUGGGCAUGCGCCAACCGUCCCAGCUGGAGGGAUACCUGGGGACGUGUGUCCUCCGCGAGAGCCCGCGUGCCAAUGCACUAGAGAUGGACGGCCUGUCCGACCUCUCUCCGCCCGGCUCCAACCACGGCCACGGCCACGGCCACCUGGGCUUCUCCCAGCAGCAGCAGCAGCAGCCCAUCCCCGGCAGCACGGCCGAGCAGACCCCCUCCUCGCCCGUGCCCCCGCUGCCCCACGGCCCGCCGCCGCAGCAGCAGCACGCCGGCCAGCCCGGCGGCGGCCGACAGCCGCAGCUGCCCGGCAUGCACCACCCGGGCCUGGUGUCCACGCCCAUCAGCCCCCAGCUGGUCAACCAGCAGCUGGUGAUGGCGCAGAUCCUCAACCAGCAGUACGCGGUGAACCGGCUGCUGGCGCAGCAGUCGCUGUCGCAGCAGUACCUCAACCACCCGCCCGUCAACCGCAACGCGCACAGCAAGCCGCUGGAGCCGCAGGCGUCCUCCAACGCCGAGGUGUCCAUGGAGAUCUACCAGUGGGUGAGGGACGAGCUGAAGCGGGCCGGCAUCUCGCAGGCCGUCUUCGCCCGCGUGGCCUUCAACAGAACCCAGGGCUUGCUGUCCGAGAUCCUCCGCAAGGAGGAGGACCCCAAGACGGCCUCGCAGUCGCUGCUGGUCAACCUGCGCGCCAUGCAGAACUUCCUGCAGCUGCCGGAGGCCGAGCGCGAUCGCAUCUACCAGGAGGAGCGGGAGCGCAGCCUGACGGCAGCCUCGGCCAUGGGCGCCCCCCCGCUCAUCAGCACCCCGCCCAUCCGACCAGCGCAG